GUCACGAGGGAACCGACGGUAACCUCGAGAACCCAAGCGUUGGGUCUAAGUUCAAAACUCCGGUGGCGCCUAGGGCGCUCUGUGAGGCCGCCAAAGUGUGAUCGUCCGGGUGGCAGUCGCGUAGGGCUGGGGACCGAGAGCCGGAGGAGGAGCGCUGCCAGGUGACCCGCCUCUCCUCCCUGUGCUGCAGCGGUGGGAGUGGCUCCAGCACACAAGCAGGGCCCCCGUGCGGCUCACGUUCCCCGAGCGCCCCUGCGCGGAUCCUAGGGGCUCUCCCGCGCGCCGGUGUCGCCUUGGAGCCGCGAAGAGCUAGGCUCCAAACUGUCGCCGAGAUCCAGACACGUCUGCGACACAGGGCCAGGCCACCUCGGGGACAAGCAGAUAAUUCGGCUCCCGCCCAGGGGCUGCCGGAACAUGUGCCCGGGGACACAGUUUGUUUGACAGUUGCUAGACUAUGUUUCCACUUCUGAUCGUACUCAGCCAGCUGCCCAGACUUACCCUCGCACUUCCUCCUUGUACGAGAAACCUAAAGGAUUCCGAACAUGUCCCAGAAGAAGUCUUUGCAUCAAAAGAAGCAGCAAAUAUCUUUAUGCACCGCCGCCACCUCCUGAACAAUAGGUUUGAUUUAGAACUCUUCACUCCUGGGGACCUGGAGAGAGAGUGCUUUGAGGAGUUUUGUAGUUAUGAAGAAGCCAGAGAGAUUUUGGGUGAUGACGAAAAUACGAUCACAUUUUGGCAGGACUAUUCAAUUAAAGGGCCAACCACAGGAUCAGAUGUUAACAAAGAGAAAAUUGAUGUUAUGAGCCUUCUGACUGGAUUGAUCAUUGCUGGAGUAUUCUUGGUUAUUUUUGGCUUACUAGGCUACUAUCUCUGUGUCACCAAGUGUAACAGGCAGCCAUAUCCAAGCUCUUCAGCUGUCUACACAAGAACAGCCAGACACACACCCUCCAUUGUUUUCAGAACACCUGAGGAGGCUGUCUUGUCUCCAACGUCGUCUUCAGAGGAUGCAGGACUCCCUUCCUAUGAACAGGCAGUAGCACUGACCAGGAAGCACAGUGUCUCCCCACCACCUCCCUAUCCUGGGCCUGCAAAAGGAUUUAGGGUAUUUAAAAAGUCCAUGUCACUCCCGUCUCACUAAGCCUGCCUGGCUGCCUUGCUGGAAGACAUUCAUUCAUGUGGUUGAAUAAUUUGUUCUCCCUGAAAAAAAGAAAAAGAUUUGCUGGUUCAGCUUUUUAUGACACAUUGCAAGGAACAAAGGAAUGAUGCACACCAAACAGAAUUCACCACAGCACUAUCGUCUUGGACAUAAACUGGAUCGCUCUCAUCUUGGUAAGAAGCUUCAACUCCAUUACCGUGAAGUUAAGAAGAAAGUACCUUUUGCAAAGUAUACUGUACUGGUUCAAAACUCUUUGCUGUAGCUGGAUAGUGUGGUGUGCCUACAAACACUCAGGAGGCUUAGAGGGAAGGGAUGAGAGUUCAAGGCCAGCCUGGGCUCUGUCAAGACCCUGUCUGAAACCACAGUUUGUUAUUGGUAGAAUAAUUAGAAUUAGCCAACCAGGAACUGUCAAUCUUAGAUCAUGAGAUUGGAUCUUCUCUUCCUUAGGAUUUGAUGCUUUGCUGUAAAUCUGUGGCCUUGAUGUAAUCACAUGGUUUUCUGUUCUAACUAGUGCAGAGCAUUCAUCAGAUUUGCAGGUCUUAGUUUUUCACUCGCUGUCAAUCACAGUUCAAUGGUGUCAAGAGGGUUUGUUUGUUUGUUGGUUGGUUUGUUUUGGUUCUUUAAAAAUUAACAUUCAUGGGCUAAGGGGAUGCCUCACUUGGAAAGUGCUAGUCCUACAAAUAUAAGGACCUGAGUUUAAUCUGUAAUACCCAUGUUUGAAACAAACAAGCAAACAAACAAUAGACAAAAAGAGCAAAUAAGCAAGCAAACAAAACAAAUUUGAGUAUGUGGGUGCACACCUGUGAUCGCAGCACUGUAGGAGGACGCAGGGGGACCCCUGAGCUUGGUGGCUAGCCACAGGAGCUGAAUCAGGAACCUCUAAAUUCAGUCUCAAAAUUUAAGGUAGAGCCAGUGAGGUGGGUGAAUGCCCUUAAUCUUGGUACUUGAGAGGCAAAGAUCUCUCUGUGAGUUCAAGACCAGCCUAUUCUACAUUGUGAGUUCUAGGACAGCUACAAAGCCUGCCUCAGAAAAAAACAAACAAAAACAAAAAACAAGGCUGAGAAGUAAUGGUACAUGCAUUUAAUCACAGCACUCAGAA